CAUUGCCUUCAUCGUUAUUGGUGUCGUAUGGCAGACAACCUUCUGCUAAGCAGAAUGCACGAGACAAUGGCGAAAGCAUGCUAACCGGCCUUUCUGGGUCGAUAUGCUUGCCUGAAAAGCAAUUUUCUGUAUCAUACUGGUGAGCCAACACUUUCUCUUCAGUACCCAUUACGACACACGCACACACGUGCCGAUACAAUAGCUGCUCGUAUGAGAAACUCAAACGUGCUGAUCCCCGACUAUUGGCUCUAUGGCAAUCGCUGUCGUCUGAGACUAUUCCGCCUGUCGUCAGCAGUUGGUUCGUCCAGCGCAGCAGACCUAACAGAAACAUCACUUGUUGGCGACGUGAGCCCAUUUACUCUGUCUGCGGCCCACAGUGACGUCAGGUUCCGAUAAGAGAGGGUUCUCGCUUCAGCCGAAGCAACAGCAGCAGUAGUCGCGGCAGCCAGCCACAGCAUGUAGCUUGUUCCCGCAAAAACGACAUUACCCACCGGCGUUGUGUCUAGGCUGGCUUACUGUUUCGCUCGAUCCAACUAGAGAGAGCGAGCGAGCCAGCCAGCCAGCCAGCCAGCCAGCGAGGGACCGGCCGACCAACGAUCGAUCGAUCGAUCGAUCGACCGACCAACCAACCAACCGACAGACUGGCAUCCAUAACCAAGAUCGGACAGAGCAAUCCAACAGCCGACCGAAAUAUUGAAACGAACUUACCCGAUCAAAUGCGUUGCUUUUGGUCAUUCUAGCCGCCCUUUUGCUUGCUGUUCGCCCGUCGACGGCGCCGUCGCCGUCGCCGUCGCCGCCUUGUCAAGCCAUUGUUAGUGAGACGCGCGCAUUGUCAGUUCGAAACUUUAGAUACAGUUUGGGUGCUAACGGAGCGGCGAAAACAGUGAAAUCUGCUCCAUCUCGCUGGAAAGCUGCGAGAAGCCUUCUGUUCCCCAUCUUUCAGCUGCUGUGUAAACGCGCUUCUGUAUACUAUCGGCGUUUAACACGGCCUUAAGCGUUUGCGGUCGCUACGCAAGACUGAUACAACAAGAUCAGCGCUACCUGUAGGACCUUGCCGCUCCGCUUCAGAUGCGAUAAUAUCUAAGCAAUUGCUUGCUCAGUGAGAUCAAAUCAGACAACAAAGAAGUCGUGGCAGGUUCCCACAAGCUGGAACCUGUCAAAGAAGAACUUAAGUUAGCUCACAUAUCAAGUGGAACCACGUUCUAUUUCUUACUGUUUUCAGUCGACGUCCGAUUUGUUUUGAAUGAAUGUGAACGUUUGCUGUCGGCGCAGAGAAUAGACAACAAAUCGCUAAUACCUAAAAUCAGCUGCGUAGGUUUGUACGAACGUAGGCGAAAUUACGAGUAAAAUCGGAUAUUGCGUCAGAUCGAAAAAUAGUAGCGUUCGAUCAUAGAUGUCAAAGCUGGCCUGUUGUGCCGGUUGUUCCCAAUGAGUUCUUCGUUUUGGUUGUUACUGUCGGACGCCUCGAGUGUACGUUACUAGUGCGAUUCAAACUGUCCAUUGCUGCCAUUUGUGAGAAGUGAUAAGAAAGAAAGAAAGAAAAAAAAAAAAAAAGCGGAACGAAUACGACCAAAAUAAGCAUCUAUUCCUAUACGUGUCCAGUAAAAUAUUCCGUGCAUCAUCAGUGUCAUCAAAAUAGCUCGUGCUGUACGAAAGUGAUCGUGGUAGCGGUAGCUCGAACUAUGCCUUCACGUAUUCCGCAGCUUGAGUGUGGCCUCGACUGGGCUGAGAAUAAGGCAGGAGAUGUUCAUCACCAGAUUCAACAACGUUUGCUACGAAGACAGUCCACCAUGUCCACGGUUGAGGCGAUCACUCGCGAGCUCGAGUUAUCCAAUGAUACGCUUGAAAAGGUGAUGACGUGUCUGCUCAAGGAACUCAACAACGGACUCAAUAAGGAGACACAUGCGAAGGCGGACGUCAAACAGUAUAUUACGUACGUGCGUGAUGUACCGGACGGAAGCGAAAGUGGACGAUUCCUUGCUUUGGAUCUGGGCGGCACCAACUUCCGUGUGCUACUGAUCGAAAUUGAUGGUGACAAAUUCAAAAUGGACAAUGCUAUCUACGCUGUUCCUCAAGAAAUUAUGCUUGGUACAGGAACUCAGCUGUUCGACCAUAUUGCCGAGUGUCUGGCUACCUUCUCCAUGGAGCGUGGUAUCUAUGGCCAGCGUCUACCACUAGGCUUCACAUUUUCGUUCCCCUGCCGGCAGGAAGGUUUAACACGGGCUCGUCUUGUUACUUGGACGAAAGGGUUCAAGUGUAGUGGCGUCGAAGGUGAGGAUGUGGUGAAACUCCUGCGGGAGGCAAUCGCUCGUCGAGGUGAUGUUCAGAUCGAUGUUAUGGCGGUUGUUAACGACACGACUGGCACGCUAAUGUCGUGCGCGCAUAGGAACAAAGAGUGCCGUCUCGGUGUUAUUGUUGGUACCGGCGCGAACGCUUGCUAUAUGGAACGAAUUGAGAACUGUCAAUUAUGGGAUGGCGAUGAUAAGGAGCCUCGCCAGGUAAUCAUAAAUACAGAGUGGGGAGCAUUCGGCGACAAUGGCGUGAUCGACUUCAUCCGGACACAGUACGACAUCGAAGUCGAUGAGCACUCGCUCAAUCCCUCACAUCAAAAGUUCGAAAAAAUGAUUAGCGGUAUGUACAUGGGCGAGUUGGCUAGACGUGUCGUAGUCCGGCUGGCUAACGAACACCUCAUUUUCAAUGGUCGACUUUCGCAGAAGAUGAAGACGCCGUAUGCUUUUAAAACGAAGUACAUCUCAGAGAUCGAGAGUGACCAAAAGGGCUGUUUUGAUGAGACGCGCAAAGUGCUUGCGAAGUUGGACCAGAUCGGCAGCGACGACGAUUGCCAGUGUUUGAAACUGGUGGUUUCGCGGGUAUCGUCCCGGGCUGCCCACCUGGUAUCGGCUGCCAUCGCCACUGUGCUUAACAAAAUGAAAAGGCCACAUACAACAGUAGGCGUUGACGGCUCCGUCUAUCGUUACCACCCGAAGUUCCACCAGUUGAUGGAAGCGAAGAUCGCAGAACUUACCAACCCCGACUACAAGUUUGACUUGAUGUUGUCUGAGGAUGGCAGUGGUCGCGGCGCAGCGCUCGUCGCCGCUGUAGCCGUUCGGAACAUCCAGCGAGGGGGCAGAUCGCCUUGCAUGGGAAUCUAGAACGAUUAUAGCGGCUCGUCGCCGCGC